ACUGUUAACACUUUAUUAGUUAUUUUUUAGUUUCAAAUGUUCCGAAAAUUUUGUUUUUCUGUUAAUAUUUAAUACUAAAAUUUACGUCAUGGAUUACCAAAGUUCGGUUCUUUUAUUUUCUGGAGUCCAUAUAGAUAUUAGAAAGUCCAUUAGUGAUAUCGAUAUUUGAAUGUAAACAAAUUAAAUAUAACUUAUAAGUACUACCAUAAUAAAUAAUAAUAUUACAAUAAUUAUUAUUUACAAUGUACAUGUCCAGUUUUCGCGGUAGCUCUUUUAUUCUAUGGUAGUACAGUAGAUAUUUAGUAUAGGUAACCUUUUUUAUAGGUAAUAGGUAUCAUGAAUUAACAUAUAUCUUAGUAUAUGUGUUUAAGACUCGCAUCACUUGCAGGCUCUGUUUCAAGUAUCCAAGUUUCCUGUAAAUGAUUCUGUUUGUAAAUUGUGUUUAGGUAUGUAUUUACUAUUUGAGUACCUACAACCCCAGAGUUAGAUUUGUGACAUCAUUUGUGCAUCUCCAUCUGUGUUGAGGAAAACAAAGAUGGCCUCAUCAAGUAAAGAUUUGGAAUCAUGUCAUAGCGGCGCCGAAGCAUUGGAGGAACAGAGGCGUCAACUCAAAUGUAUAAACAGGCGUUGUAGUAAUGGUGAUGACCUGAUAAAUGCGGUGGAAAUGGCGUGCUCUUACUAUGACGUUGAUUACAAGCCUGGCAAAGAGGUUUGCAUGACGUGUUUUACAACGUGUCUCAAACAUUAUAAAAAUCUCGAAAUGAAAUGGAAGGAGGGAAAAUGUAUUAUGGAAUCCACUUUUCCGUGUUUCGAUUCAUACGUAGUUAUUGAAGAUUCAUCGGGCGAAGAAGAAGAAGAAGAAGAAAAAGCAGAAGAAGAAAAGCAAAAGCCUAGUACUUCUAAGGUGGGUUUACCUCCCGACCCAGAAGUUAAAAAAGCCAUCGAUUGUGCAGUCGUCCAUUUUUUUGAUAAAAACAAAUAUCUCUUUGAGCAUCAAGUUAAAAUAUGCGACGAGUAUAUGGAUGAAGGAAUAAAGCAAUGUAAGGCUGAUGCGGAUGAUCUUGAUAAAUUUAUUUUAGAUUUAGAAGAUCAAAUGGAAUCAUUAAAAAAUGAAAUAUAUGGUCCAUAUCAACCAAUUGUAACGAGCUUAGAACCUGUGGAUAUCGAUGAGUUGGAGGAUAAUAUGGAAGAGGAACAAGAAGAAGUCAAUAUGCCUCAAAAAGAAACAAAUAAGCUUAUAGAGGAAAUCAAGAUGCCUAAAGAAGCCAAAAAGGUUAAACUAGAUGAAUCUAAUAAAUCUGAUAAUGAUAUUAUUACAAUUGAUAGAACCGAAUCUGAUAAGGACGAUAUUAUUACUAUUGAUAGAACCGUUUGUGUUGUACCAGCUAAUUUACCUCUAGAAGGAGUUUUAGAGUAUCCUGAUGUUGAGGCUGGACAAAUUGUAUAUGCAAUGAAGUUAACUAUAAAAGAUCCGUGGUAUAGAGGUAAAAUCAAAAAUAUAGUUAAUGAGGAUUAUGUACAUGUUGUGUUUCAAACUGGUGAAAAGUUAGUGACAACAAAACAAAUUGCACACUCUACACUGAAUUCAGUAAGAUUUCCUGUGGGUUGCAGAGUAAUUGCUAAGUUUACAGAUCCUAAUUCUAAACGCAUUGAUGAAUUUUAUGCUGGUUUAGUUGCUGAACCUCCAAAAAUGCUUAAUAACUUUCGAUACUUGAUUUUUUUUGAUGAUGGUUAUGCUCAAUAUCGACAACACCAAGAUAUUCGUUUAAUUGCACGUAGAGCAGCUUUACAUUAUGUAUGGAAAGAAGUAGAAGAGAAUUCCCAGGAUUUUAUAAAAAGUUAUUUAGAAAAGUAUCCUGAACGGCAAAUGGUUAAGUUGACCAAUCAACAUUCUGUACGAGCAGAGCAUCAAGGUCAGUGGCAGAUGGCAAAAGUGCUUGAAGUUGAUGCAUCUUUGGUCAAAUUAUAUUUUACUGAUUUCAAACAUAGCGAAUGGAUAUAUCGUGGUUCUUCACGUUUGUAUAAUAUUUUUGAAAAACAGAUCAAGUCUGAGAGAGGUAUUCGAUUAAGGCAAUCAGGACUAGCUUAUUUAAAAAAACCAUUUGUAGAAUUCACAAGUGUAGAAGAAGAGCCCUCCCGCCUUUUAGCUAAAGGUGUAGCUCGUAAAAGUACCAGCAAGAAUUCAACAACCCCUGGUGACGGAACUCAAAAAUGGAUUAAAAAUAAGGCCAAUGCUACUCAAGUUGUUGACCUAAUAUUGACUAAAUCCAUUCCUGAUCCACUUGAAUAUCAAGAACACGAAUGUACUCCUUUUUGUGUUUUAUGGACAAAAUAUGACUAUGAUAAAACUAGGUCUCUCAACAUGUUGAUUAUUCCGUUACAUUUUGGUUUCAACAGGAUUCAAACAGUAUUUAAUAAUAAAUCUCAAAAAUGUAUCCUGUACACAACCCCGUGUGGUGUAACUAUUCGAAACAUGAAACAGAUGCUGGAAUAUCUAAUUGUUACCAUGAGUGAAAUGACUAUUGACCAAUUCGAUUUUAAUAGUUGGGUCAAACCAUUUGCAGAAUAUAAAAUCAUAAAUAGUGUGCAAUUUUUAAAUGAUAUAUCUGAAGGCCAGGAAUUUAGGGGCAUACCAUGUGUGAAUAUCAUUAACAAUACAUUACCACCAAAAAUGGAUUAUAUGACUACUAGACAACCAAUGCCAGGCGUUAACAUAAAUGUAGACAGUAAGUUCUUAUGUGGAUGUGACUGCACCGACAACUGUCAAGAUAAAUCGAAAUGUGCUUGUUGGCAAAUGACUAUCGAAGGACAGAAGAUUUUACCUAAUCUUUACAAAGACCCUAAUAUUGGUUACAAUUAUCGAAGAUUGCCUGAACGAGUUUUAACAGGUAUUUAUGAAUGCAAUAAGACAUGUAAAUGUUCCAGUUCAUGUUUAAAUCGUGUGGUACAGAACCCACUGUCGCAAAAGUUACAAUUAUUCAUGACUGAGAAAAAAGGAUGGGGAGUUCAAUGUUUGAAUGAUAUACCUCAAGGGAGUUUCAUAUGUAUUUAUGUUGGUUAUUUGUUAACUGAAACUGAUGCUAAUGAAGGUGGGAAAAAUUAUGGCGAUGAAUAUUUGGCAGAAUUGGACUAUAUUGAAGUUGUUGAAAAAAUAAAAGAAGAUUAUGAAAGUGAAGUACCUGACAGUGACCCUGAAUAUGAAAUUGAGACAAAUCAAUCCGAAUCGUCUGAUGAACAUUAUCCUAGUACAUCUGAUGGUAAAAGAUCUGAAAUGUCAUUAAAGUUGCGCAAACGCAAUAAAUCAAAAACGAAAAAAGAUGGUAAACAUGUGCAGGUUUUGUCCAAAUUAAAUGCACGCAAUAUGAAAAACAACCCUAAACCUCCAAAAUCAGUGCGUGAAUACUUUGGAAACAACGAGAGUGUGUAUAUCAUGGAUGCGAAAACUAGUGGCAACAUUGGACGUUAUUUAAACCAUUCGUGUUCUCCAAAUACAUUUGUCCAAAAUGUAUUUGUGGAUACGCACGACUUACGGUUCCCAUGGGUAUCGUUUUUUGCACUUCAUUACAUACCAGCUGGAACAGAGCUAACUUGGGACUAUAGCUAUGAUAUAGGAAGUGUUCCGGGGAAAAGGAUGAAAUGUCAUUGUGAGUCACUUUACUGUAGAGGAAGAUUGCUUUAAAAAUGUAUGGAUUAGUUAACUCAUAUGCAGUCAUGAGUAAAAAACAAUAUGUUACUAAUUAACUUGGAUAUAAUACUAUACUAUUUUUUUUUUUUUUAUAAUAUCUUAUAAUUUCAAAUAGUAUAUAAAAAUAAUAAGUUAAAUGUCUGGGAUUAGAGUUUUAUUUAAAUAAUAUUACAAUGCAAAUUUUUUUUAUUUUUAUAGUUUUGACAAAACAAUCAAUACAUUAUUAGUAAAUCCCAAUAAAGACAAAUAAUUAUUUUUAAUUGUAAAAUUUAAAUUCUUAUCCAAAUGCUGUAGACCAUGGUGGUGACAUUGGAUGUGCAUUUUGUAAAUAAGACAUUACAAUUGCUGACAUGGAAAGCCUGUAAAAUGUAAUGAACAUAUUAUUAUUUUCUAAAUUAAUUACUGAACUGGAAUAAAAAUUAUAUAAAUUUUAUUAUA